AUGUUCUUUGAUGUUCCAUUAGUGGAGGAGAUAGAAGCACUCCACCUUGGCACUCUGAUGGCAGCCCACGGCUACUUCUUCCCCAUCUCAGACCAUGUGCUCACACUGAAGGACGAUGGAACCUUCUACAGGUUUCAGACUCCCUACUUCUGGCCAUCUAACUGUUGGGAACCUGAGAACACAGACUAUGCUGUUUACCUCUGCAAAAGAACAAUGCAAAACAAAGCCCGCCUGGAGCUGGCUGACUACGAAGCUGAGAGCUUAGCCAGACUACAGAGAGCGUUCGCCAGGAAAUGGGAGUUUAUAUUUAUGCAAGCUGAAGCACAAGCAAAAGUUGACAAGAAGAGAGACAAAAUUGAGAGGAAGAUUCUGGACAGUCAAGAGAGAGCUUUCUGGGACGUACACAGACCAGUGCCUGGAUGUGUGAACACAACAGAGGCCGACAUCAAGAAGUCCUCAAGGAUGAAGCAGCCUCAUAAAACAAGAAAGUCUGUGUACAGCCUCCAGAAUGACGUCCGGAGCCACAGCCCCGCCCACGCCCCCGCCCCAGAGGUCAAAGAGCCCAGGGAGGAGGAGCUACGUCAGCAGAUUCAACACUGGCAAGCCCAACUAGACAGGCAUCGGCUAAAAAUGUCCAAAGUGGCAGAAAGCUUGCUGAGCUACACAGAGCAGUAUGUAGGGUAUGACCCCUUCUUGACCUCCCCGGAGCCCUCCAACCCCUGGAUCUCUGAUGACAUCACCGUCUGGGAACUGGAGACCAG